AUGGCCUCCGGGACCCCGGCACUGCUGCUGCUGUCGCUGCUCGCUCUGCCCAGUCUCCCGCCCGGAUCCACCAGCUGCCCGGCUGCCUGCCGCUGCUACAGCACCACAGUGGAGUGUGGGGCCCUGGGGCUGCACGUUGUCCCACCAGGAAUCCCGCCUGGAACACAGACGCUGUUCCUGCAGGAUAACAGCAUCUCAUGCCUGGAGCUGGGCAUCCUGGCGCCCCUUGCAGCCCUUCACAGUCUCUACCUGCACAACAACAGCCUUCGCACCCUGGAGCCAGGCACCUUUCACUCGCAGUCGCGCCUGCUGGAGCUCGCACUCACAGGCAACCAGUUGCGAGGCCUGCGCCUGGGGGCUUUUGCAGGCCUGGCUCAGCUGCGCAUACUCUACCUGGCUGGUAACCAGCUGAUGCAACUGCUGGAUUUCACCUUCCUGCAUCUGCCGCGACUGCAGGAGCUGCACCUGCAGGAAAACAGCAUUAAGCUGCUGGAGGACCAGGCCCUGGCCGGGCUCUCCUCACUGGCACUGCUGGACCUCAGUAGGAACCAGCUGGGCACCAUCAGCCAUGAGACCCUGCAGCCCCUGGCCAGCCUGCAGGUCCUACGCCUCACAGAGAACCCAUGGCGCUGUGACUGCGCGCUGCACUGGCUGGGAGACUGGCUCAAGGAGGCGGGGCAGAGGUUGCUCGGCUCCAGGGACAGGAAGAUCGUGUGCGCAGAGCCUCCCCGCCUGGCCCUCCGGAGCCUCCUGGACGUCUCUGGCAGUAGCCUCAUCUGCAUCCCACCUUCUGUGCACGUUGAGCCGCUGGAGGUGACAGCCAACCUGGGUGAGAACCUGCGGGUUGCCUGCCAGGCUUCCGGCUACCCGCAGCCCCUGGUAACCUGGAGAAAGGUGGCCCAGCCUCGCGAGGGACAACCACGGGCCCAGGCCCUGCCAGAAGGCGGGGUGCCGGGCCCAGGCGGGCACGGAGCCUCCGACACGGGCAGCGGCAUGCUCUUUCUCACCAACAUCACCCUGGCCCACGCCGGCAAGUACGAGUGCGAGGCCUCUAACGCCGGCGGCGCCGCUCGGGUGCCCUUCCAGCUCCUGGUCAACGUGUCCCAGCAGCAGCUGCAGGGGGCGCCCCCGCCGGCGGCCGUGGGCCCCGCGCCCCUGCCCGAGGCGAGCAGCAUGGCCUUCCGCGCCCUGGGGCUGCCCAGCCGGCAGACUCCUGAGUGCCAGGGCAGGGAAGAGCAUGACAGGCCCCAGUGCAUGGGGCCAACCUCCUUGAAGCAGGCCAGUCCCAACUUCAACACAGGGCAGUCUGCUCUGGAAAAGGGCCCAGAGGGAACACCCUCUCUCAGCUCAGAGACGGGACCCAAGGAGCAUUCUGAAGAGGACGAGGACACCAGAGGGUAG